AUGGACGUAUCUUUACUUUUCCCUCAGGAGGAUGACGAUGGCUUGCGGUGUUUCUCCCGUUUAAGUAUCUCCCACCAGCAGAGCAAGUGGUGGGAUGCAGGAGGGGGAAACACAAUUGCUUCUCUUGCAAGUGUGUGUAAGCGAAAGGUAAGAUCGCGCGCGAACCUCCAGACCAGAGGCGGUGUAGUGACAUCAGUUGAUGCCCUGAGCUACCUCUCCCGAUCAGCGGAGGUGCGAGCCCAGAGCCCAGGGAAAACUCCUGGCGGGCAGGCUUCUCCAUAG